GGCAAACUCAUUUGGUCAUAAGAGCUUGCUAGAGACACUAACACAUCUUAAAAAACACCAAUAGCAGAAAAAGUGACCUCGCUUUAUAAGAAUAUCUCCGCUCAGCUGAUUUCACUUUCCGUCCAUCUCUGUUGGUGGCUGUGCUUUACAACUGUUGCCAUGGGGGAAAUUGCUGAACUUCGGAAGGAGGUGGAGAACCUCAAGGACCAGAUUGCUGCAGCACGUAAGUCAGUGCAGGACGCCACACUGCAGGAUAAUGUCUCAGGCGCAACGGCGCUAGGGAAGGUUCAGCUCAAAUCCAGAAAGACUCUGAGAGGACAUCUGUCCAAGAUCUAUGCCAUGCAAUGGGCCACAGAUUCAAAGCUCUGUGUAAGCGCUUCUCAGGACGGCAAACUGAUCGUGUGGGACACCUACAGCACCAACAAGGUGAACGCCAUCCCAUUGAAGUCUUCAUGGGUGAUGACAUGUGCGUACGCCCCGUCAGGAAACUUGGUGGCAUGUGGUGGCUUGGAUAACAUGUGCUCUAUUUACAACCUGAUGCCGAAAGAUGGCCAUAUUAAGGUCAUGCGUGAGCUGGCUGGACAUAACGGCUAUUUGUCUUGCUGUCGCUUCCUGAGUGACCAAGAGAUCAUCACCGGCUCUGGAGACAAUACCUGCUGUCUCUGGGACAUCGAGACUGGAUCACAGAAGACCACUUUUGCUGGCCACAUUGGUGACUGCAUGUCAAUGAGUGUGUCCCCAGAUUACAAUUUCUUUAUUUCAGGAUCUUGUGACUACACCGCCAAACUGUGGGACAUACGAGAAGGGCGGUGCAAACAGACAUUCUAUGGUCAUGAAAGUGACAUAAACGCUAUUUCGUUUUUCCCCAAUGGUAAUGCAGUGAUCACUGGCUCAGACGACGCGUCUUGCAGGUUGUACGAUCUGCGCGGAGAUCAGGAGUUGACCUCCUACAAGGACUCCAGCCUCAAUAGUGGUGUCACCUCUCUCGCACCCUCACUUUCUGGCCGCCUCCUUCUGGCUGGCUACGACGACUUCAAUUGCAACAUCUGGGACAUGCUGAAGGCUGAGAGAGUGGGAACACUGUCAGGCCACGAUAACCGAGUGAGCUGCCUCGGCAUGUCAGCUGAUGGCAUGGCAUGCUGCACGGGAUCCUGGGAUAGCUUCCUGAAGGUCUGGAACUGAAGCACCUUCGGAAUGAAUCACAGCUUGUGAAGAAAAGAGGGAACAUGUGAUUCAGGAAAACACCUGAGUGGGUUUAAACUUGGGAAUGUAGGCAGACUGUAAAAGGGAGAGAGGUGUUUGCGCUUGAGAAUAUUAUCUCAUAUAUAGGCACAUUUUUUUUCUUAAAGAAAUUAUUCAAUAAACUACACAAAUGACAAGUUUUAUAUAUAUAUAUAUAUAUAUAUAAAUAACGGAUUGUUCCUCCGGGGACACAUCUUACAGGGACCACAGUGCUCUAAAUAGCUGCAGGUCACUUUUCAGGUCAUUUUGAAAGAAAAGCAGCUAGAGGAACGUAAGUAGUGUUGGUUAUUUGUAGAUGCUGUACUCGUGCAUGGAGCUUUAGAAAUAACCUGCAACAUACCCACCUGAAUGAGUGAUACAGUUAACUGUGUAAAUAAUGCAAACUGUUGUAGGAGCUGCCGAAAUGCAUUUGGUAUGAUUUAUUUUUAUUUUUUAUUUUUUUCAAGUUAAGCUGUUUGUUUUGCUUUAUAGAUUCAUACUGAUCUAUACGUUUGGGAAAAAAAACUUUUCCAUAUAAGACUUUAGAUAUCUGUAUUUACAUUAUUUGACAUAUAUAUAUAAUGUUGGCUGCAUUUGAUUCAUUUGCCAUUAGGCGUUUUCACAAAAUAUCAUUAUUGUCAUAUUAUUGCAUAUAUAUUGACGAUUAUAUACACAAUCCUUUGUAGCAUUGUUUCACUGUCCUUGGUUUUUCCACUAUAUGACUAAUAAAAAGUAAGCUGAUC